AUGAAGGGGCUGGUGGUGAUCCUGACUUUGGCUCUGGUGGCCACCAAUAUCACUACAGUCCAUGGUCUCGCCAUGGAAGCCAUCGUGACUCAUGUGGGAAGGUGCAGGUGUUUGAAACAAACUUCGACACCUUUCAGUCCUAAACAGCUGAAAUCCAUUCAGGUUAUUCCUCACGGGAUGCAGUGCCAAAGGACUGAAAUCAUUUUAACCCUGAAAAAUAAAUGGAAAGUCUGUGUCAAUCCCAGUGUUCCUUGGGUGCAAGAACUGCUUAAGAAGGUGACGAAGAGGUAA